AUCCCCAGAGAUGACAUGGAAAAUACAAAGAUAGAUAGUAAGUUAUAUGAGUAUGUGAAGCAGGACAAUAUUGAGGAAUUUAAAAGCCGCGUCCAGCAACGUUUAGCGGAGAAGCUAGUGACUCCCUGUGGGAAUACACUACUUCACGUAGCUGUAAGCUAUGGAAGUGACAAUAUUACAUCUUAUCUAGCUGGAACGUUUCCUUCUCUAAUCACCAUCCAAAACAGCCAGAAGGACACAAUCCUUCAUCUUGCAGCCAGAGAAGGAAAGGCCAGUCAUACAAUUAAAUCUCUUGUGGAAUCGAAUCCGAGCUUGAUGAGGAAGACAAAUACAAAGGGAAACACUCCUUUGCAUGAUGCAGUGAUCACCGAUAACAAAGAAGUUGCCAAACUCCUAGUUUCCAGAGAUCCAGAAGUGGCCUAUUACAACAACAAUAAUGGCAAGUCUCCUUUAUAUCUGGCUGUUGAGAAUGGCAAUAAGUACGGGAUACUUGAUGAUCUCUUGAAUUUGGGAGCUUCGUUCCCUAUAAAAAGUGAAAAUGGUGAUGCCCUACCAGAAGGAAAGUCCCCUGUUCAUGUUGCCAUCAAGCAACGUAACAGAGAUAUUUUGGAGAAAAUUCAAAAGGAACAGCCAGAGCUAUUACGUCUCACCGAGGAAGGGUUGGGAAAUUCACUGCAUUAUGCAUCAUCCAUAGGUUUUCUGGAAGGAGUUCGAUUGCUAUUAGAGAAGUUUCACGAUGGUGCUUAUGAAACCAACCUUGAAGGCAACUAUCCUAUCCAUGUAGCAUGCAAAAGUCACUCUGUUGAUGUAGUGAAGGAAUUUCUUGAUAUAUUCCCAUAUCCAAAAGAAUUCCUCAAUAAGAAAGGGCAGAACAUUCUUCACGUAGCGGCCACAUAUGGAAAUGGCAGUGUGGUUAGGUACAUACUCAAACAGGACCAGAAGCUCGUCGCACCGCUGCUAAAUGCGAUAGAUGAGGAUGGAAAUACACCUUUGCACUUGGCAGCAUUUUAUGGCCGAUGCACGGCUACAUUUCUUCUUGUGCGUGACAAUCGUGUUGAACAUUUCAUUGUUAACAAUGAAAAUUGGACACCAUAUGAGUUGGCUGAAGAACGUUCCAAAAUAUCUGAAGAGCAAUACAUAAAAACAGAUGAAAUGCGUGCCAAGGAACGAAAGCAGUUUGAUUCAAAGAAUAGCACCCCUGCGCUCGAGAUCAAGGACAAAGAAGUUGAUUCAAAUAAGAUGGAUACAAAAAAGGCAUCACCAAGGGACGAAAUAAGGGUUGUGUAUUUACGAUUGGUAUUAUUGCUUCUUCUUUUUUCCUUGCCAUCCCUAAUCUUUUAACAAAACAAUUGAUUUAACUCGUAAACCAUUAUAUUAAAAAAUUCUAAACCAUUCCAGAAAAUUACUUGUUCUGGGAAAGGCAUUCGAAGGUUAACGUUUUUGGAUGCAAUUGAGGAAGUGCCAAGAACUCAUUAAACAAUUAAGUUUUUUCCCCCGUGCUAUAUAUAUAUAUAUGCAGGUGACAACAGUAUCGAUCUUAUUCUUCAAUGCCUGCCCUAAGAAAUCCCUCAAGGAGCUUUUCCCUGUUACUCGACUACCCAUGUCACGAGCAAAAGAGGAAAUGAAGAGCAUGGUAGGGAGUCUUCUGGUGGUAACAGUUCUUGUUGCUGGUGUAACCUUUGCAGGUGCUAUACAAUUGCCACAAUUAAGGGAUAAAAAUAACUCAAGUGAAUUCAACAGCACUUAUGAGAAUCUUCUGUGUGGUUAUUUAUUUCUCGAUGUGGGGGCUUUAUCUACCUCUCUGGUAGCAGCUCUAAUCCUUCUCUGGUCAAACUUUAAUUAUCCCAGAUAUCAAAUCCCUGCAGUUCAGAUUUCAACCUCCAUGGUUUGUUUGGCUAUUAUCAUGAUGUUCGGAGCAUUCUUUUUUUCUGUGAGAAUAGCAUUGCUAGGAUCCCAUGGUGGGUUGUUAACAAUCAUCGUAGAAGUGGUGGCCGUUAUGUUUUUCUUUGCUCAGGCAUGCUUUGUUUUUCCUUGGAUUAUCCCGCUAAAUUUCAACUAUGUUCUUCUA